AUGACAGACAAAGGAUUUUGGGAGCUAGGCCAUUUCUGUGGCCUCGCUGUUUUAAUUCUGUCGCUGCGUCUUGCUCAUGGAGACUUGAGCUAUUCUGUUCCGGAGGAGAUGAAACACGGGGCAGUUAUUGGAAAUAUCGCCAAGGAUCUGGGACUCGAAGUGAACCGAUUGUCUUCUCGAAAAGCCCGUAUGGACUCAGAGGGGAACCGUAAACGGUACUGUGACAUAAACCUGAGCACCGGGGAUCUGAUCGCAUCGGAGAAGAUGGACAGAGAUAGCCUCUGCGGCAAGAAAGCGUCGUGUGUUUUAAAGGUGGACCUCGUGUUGGAGAAUCCUCUGGAGCUUCAUCGUGUGAGUCUUCAUGUUCUGGAUGUAAACGACAACUCGCCGCAAUUCAAAAAUGAAUUGAUUGAAAUGGAAAUCAGAGAAUCGUCAGAUAAGGGCGCUCGUUUCUCCAUAGAGGAAGCCCACGACGCAGAUAUAGGUCAAAACUCCGUUCAAAGCUACAACUUGCAGACAAACGACAAUUUUAUUCUGACGGUUGACAACAAUAGAGUUGAACUCGUUCUAGAACACAAACUUGAUCGAGAACGACAGCAAGAAAUGAAUUUGCUGCUCACAGCUCUGGAUGGAGGCUCUCCACAGAGAUCAGGUACUGUAGUGAUACACGUCACUGUACUGGAUGCUAAUGAUAACGCCCCAGUGUUUAGCCAGACUGUAUAUAAAGCCGUUCUGCCUGAAAACUCACCCCUGGAUACUGUUGUGGUCACCGUCACUGCCACAGAUGCCGACGAAGGGAUAAAUGGAGAGGUAACAUACGAUUUCGGACAUGUUUCCAACGAAGAUGAGAAACUAUUUUCAAUUGAUCGCAGAAAAGGGGAAAUUAAACUAAUUGGCUCCAUCGAUUUCGAGGAGGUAAACUCUUUUGAAUUGCGAAUAAAAGCAAGAGAUGGUUUGGGGCUUACGUCAUAUUCAAAGGUUAUAAUAGAUAUCACUGAUGUUAAUGAUAAUGCACCGGUGAUAUAUCUGAAAUCUCUGACUAACCCCCUGCCAGAGGGCGUAUCACCUGGUACAGAGGUUGGCAUCGUUAAUGUGCAGGACAGAGACUCAGAGAAUAACAGACAGGUCCGCUGCUCCGUUCAACAACAUGUCCCAUUUAAGUUGGUUCCCUCCAUCAAAAACUAUUAUUCUCUGGUGACCACUGCUGAACUAGACCGUGAACUAGUGUCUGAUUACAACAUCACAAUCACUGCUACUGAUGAGGGCUCUCCUCCUCUUUCCUCCUCUAAAAGUGUUCACUUAUCUUUAGCUGACGUCAACGACAACCCACCUGUGUUUGAGGAGCAGUCCUACAACGCCUACGUGACUGAAAACAACAAACCUGGAUCUACUUUAUGUUCCGUUAGUGCCCUAGACCCAGACUGGAGACAAAACGGUACAGUGAUUUAUUCUCUUUUACCUGGGGAGGUGAACGGUGCCCCGGUGUCCUCCUAUCUCUCUGUUAACGGAGACACGGGGCUGAUCCACGCUGUCAGGUCGUUGGAUUAUGAACAGUUCAGGAGCUUUAAAGUUCACGUGAUGGCGAGAGACAACGGUUCUCCUCCACUCAGCAGCAACGUGACCGUCAGUGUCUUCAUAACGGAUGUGAAUGACAACUGUCCUCAGAUACUUUACCCCGCCCCGGAGGGACACUCCUUCAUGACGGAACUCGUCCCCAAAGCAGCUCACGGGGGCUCUCUGGUGUCCAAGGUGAUAGCGGUGGAUGCAGACUCCGGACAGAACGCCUGGCUGUCCUAUCAUAUAGUCAAAUCCACUGAUCCGGGACUUUUCACUAUUGGUCUCCACAGUGGAGAGAUCAGGACACAGCGGGACAUUUCUGAAUCUGACAACAUGAAACAGAAUCUUAUUGUGGCAGUGAAAGAUAACGGACAGCCCUCUCUGUCUGCCACCUGUUCCAUGUAUUUACUGAUUUCUGAUAACUUGGCUGAAGUUCCAGAACGGAAAGACAUGUCUUAUGAUGAGACUAACUCCAAACUGACCUCUUAUCUGAUCAUCGCGCUGGUGUCAGUCUCCACCUUUUUCCUGACCUUCAUUAUUGUCAUCCUGGGUGUGAGGUUUUGUCGCAGGAGAAAACCCAGACUGUUGUUUGAUGGAGCGGUGGCCAUCCCCAGUGCUUAUCUGCCCCCUAAUUACGCAGAAGUUGACGGAACAGGAACUUUACGCAGCACUUACAAUUAUGACGCUUAUCUGACAACGGGCUCUAGAACCAGUGACUUCAAGUUUGUGAGAUCUUACAAUGACAACACACUGCCUGCAGACCAGACUCUGAAGAAAAGCAUUAGUGACUUUACUGAGAUAUUUGGACAGCCAGCAGAUUCCCAAGAGGUAGGCAGGAUGCAACACGCAGGCCACGUCUUGAGAUGGGCUCUAGUUCUUUCUACGUUACAUGUGGCGUAUGGAGACGUCAGCUACUCUUUUCCCGAAGAGAUGAAACGAGGAACCGUUAUCGGGAAUAUAGCCAAGGAUCUCGGACUGGAAGUGGGCAGAUUGUCUGCAAGAAAGGCUCGUAUUGACACGGAAGGGGACACCAGACGGUACUGUGACAUAAAUCUGAGUAAGGGGGAUUUGACCGUUGCCGAGAGGAUCGACAGAGAAGCGCUUUGUGGCAAGAAGGCCUCCUGCGUUUUAAAACUGGACCUGGUACUGGAGAAUCCAUUGGAGCUGCAUCGCGUCAGUCUCCAUAUACAAGACAUCAAUGAUAACCCCCCACUUUUCACAAAGGAUGUAAUUAAAAUGGAGAUCCACGAAUGGAAAGCCAAAGGAGCUCGCUUUUCUUUAGAUGAGGCUCAUGAUGCGGAUAUUGGAGAAAAUGCUGUGAAGGAAUACACUCUCCAAAAUAAUGAUCAUUUUCUUUUAAAUUUUGAGACUAAAUCUGGCGGACGUGAAUCAUGUGAGCUCGUACUUGAAAAGGAAUUAGAUCGUGAAAUCGAACAAGAAAUCACUUUAAUUCUUACAGCCCUGGAUGGUGGUUCUCCUCAGAGAUCAGGUACUGUAGUGAUACACGUCACUGUACUGGAUGCUAAUGAUAACGCCCCAGUGUUUAGCCAGGCUGCUUAUAAAGCGAGUUUACCUGAAAACUCUCCGCUAGGUACAAUAGUGAUUACCGUGAGUGCUACUGAUGCUGAUGAGGGAGUUAAUGGUGAAGUAACUUAUGAACUGAAUCAUGUGUUGGAUAAAAAUAGACAUGCUUUCUCCCUCGACCAGAAGACCGGUGAGGUGAAAGUCAAUGGGCCAUUAGAUUUUGAGGAAGAGUCUUCAUAUGAAAUAAAAAUUAGUGCAAAAGACAGCAUUGGCCUGGCAUCGUACUCCACUUUGACUAUUGAGAUCACUGAUGUAAAUGACAAUUCGCCAGUGAUAUUUCUUAAAUCACUGACAAACGCUAUACCGGAAAACACGCCACCUGGCACAGAGGUUGGCAUCAUUAACGUGCAGGACAGAGACUCUGAGAUUAACACACAGGUCCACUGCUCCAUUCAGCAGAACGCUCCUUUUAAGUUGGUUCCCUCCAUCAAAAACUAUUAUUCUCUGGUGACAACGGGUCCAUUAGACCGCGAACUAGUAUCUGAUUACAACAUCACAAUCACUGCUACUGAUGAGGGCUCUCCUCCUCUUUCCUCCUCUAAAAGUGUUCACUUAUCUGUAGCUGACGUCAACGACAACCCACCUGUGUUUGAGGAGCAGUCCUACAACGCCUACGUGACUGAAAACAACAAACCUGGAUCUACUUUAUGUUCCGUUAGUGCCCUAGACCCAGACUGGAGACAAAACGGUACAGUGAUUUAUUCUCUUUUACCUGGGGAGGUGAACGGUGCCCCGGUGUCCUCCUAUCUCUCCGUUAACGGAGACACGGGGCUGAUCCACGCUGUCAGGUCGUUGGAUUAUGAACAGUUCAGGAGCUUUAAAGUUCACGUGAUGGCGCGAGACAACGGUUCUCCUCCACUCAGCAGCAACGUGACCGUCAGUGUCUUCAUAACAGAUGUGAAUGACAACUCUCCUCAGAUACUUUACCCCGCCCCGGAGGGACACUCCUUCAUGACUGAACUCGUCCCCAAAGCAGCUCACGGGGGCUCUCUGGUGUCCAAGGUGAUAGCGGUGGAUGCAGACUCCGGACAGAACGCCUGGCUGUCCUAUCAUAUAGUCAAAUCCACUGAUCCGGGACUUUUCACUAUUGGUCUCCACAGUGGCGAGAUCAGGACACAGCGGGACAUUUCUGAAUCUGACAACAUGAAACAGAAUCUUAAUGUGGCAGUGAAAGAUAACGGACAGCCCUCUCUGUCUGCCACCUGUUCCAUGUAUUUACUGAUUUCUGAUAACUUGGCUGAAGUGCCAGAACUGAAAGACAUGUCUUAUGAUGAGACUAACUCCAAACUGACCUCUUAUCUGAUCAUCGCGCUGGUGUCAGUCUCCACCUUUUUCCUGACCUUCAUUAUUGUCAUCCUGGGUGUGAGGUUUUGUCGCAGGAGAAACCCCAGACUGUUGUUUGAUGGAGCGAUGGCCAUCCCCAGUGCUUAUCUGCCCCCUAAUUACGCAGAAGUUGACGGAACAGGAACUUUACGCAGCACUUACAAUUAUGACGCUUAUCUGACAACGGGCUCUAGAACCAGUGACUUCAAGUUUGUGAGAUCUUACAAUGACAACACACUGCCUGCAGACCAGACUCUGAAGAAAAGUCCAUCAGAUUUUAUUGAAGUAUUUGGAGACUCCCAGCAGUCUCCAGAGGUAUGA